GGCGUCCAAUCAGAGAGAACUACAGUUCCCAGCUGCCAUUGCCCAGUCCUCUACCGCAAACAAAGAGCCGCAUUCACACACACAUACAACUCCAGGGCUUUUAUAAAAGAGAGACACAUCUCAAACAAAACAGAGCACUUUCAGCAAAAAAUGAUGUUACCGACUAUUAUAAUUGCAAAAAAAGAAAAAGCUGUCCGAGUCAUCGCGUGAUUUCACGCUUCCGGAAGUUGGAAUGGCAUGAGAAAGAGAGAGCUGUCCUAGGUGCUGACACGAAUUUGGGACGAUGGAUGAACCCCAAGAGUCAUCGUCCUGUAUCACCAAUGCUCACAACUCCAGCAAAAGCCCCCCCAGUAGUACACCUGGCAGUACUCCACAAUGCAACGGCGUACCAGAGUACCGGACCCUGCUGCAGGUGCCGGAGUCCCACGGACUCCAGCUGCUGGGGGUGCUUAGAUCAUUCAGGGAGCAAGGCUUGCUGUUUGACUUCAUCAUUAAGGUCCAGGAUCACAGUUUUCCCUGCCAUCGCUGUGUCCUUGCAGCAUGCAGUGAUUUCUUCAGGGCCAUGUUUGAGGUGGAUAUGCGAGAGCGUGGUGAUGGUUCAGUGACUUUGGGUAACCAGUGUCCGGUGGCAGUUGGUUCUUUCCUGGACUUUGCCUAUUCUGGAGAGACACUCAUCACUGAUGGCAAUGUAGACAUGCUGUUUCAGCUUGCCUCUUUUCUGCAGGUGUCAGUCUUGUCCCAAGCGUGCAGCAACUUCCUGAUAGGAACCAUGGAUCUUUCUAAUUGUCUGUGCCUCCUCUCCCUCGCUGAGGCCUACGGCUCGGCCUCUCUCCUGCAAAGAGCCAACGAGUUUGUGGUUCAAAACUUCUCUGACCUUUCCAAAACCCAGGACUUUCUGGAUAUGCAGGUGAAUGUGUUGGAGUCAUGCCUAAGGUCUGACGCUCUAAACGUGCCCAGUGAGGAGGCGGUGGUGAUGUCUCUUCUUAGAUGGACACGCCAUGAUCUUUCGAGAAGACAAAAACUGUUGCCAGGCUUGUUAUCUCUAACCAGACUCCACCAUCUUCCUGCAACUGUAAUAAAGACUCUGCGUGACUCAGACUCUCUCCUCUGCAAUGGUGAGUCCUGUCUUGCCUUGCUGUCAGAGGCUCAGAGCAGGCAGGAUCAGUACAACGGCCUGCUCUCCGAUGCCAGGCCAGCCACCACGCAAAGCUACAUCUAUAUCCACAAGACGGAGGAGAACGGAGAGAUCCGCCACACCUUCUGCUACUGUCUGGAAACAGACCGGUGGAAAGAACUGGGAACAGGGCAUGGAGAGGUGACAGCUACUAUGCCAAACCCACCGGGAUCGUACAUUACCAGCUUUGCUGAGAAGAUAUUUGUGACAGGUGGUUGCCGGGGGAACUGUUGCCGGGCAAUACGUCUCCAUGUGGCCGAGCCGUUCCAUUACGCCACGGACGAGGUUUGGUGCUUCUGUCCUGUUACCCUAACCUGCACGCCUGCACCUGCCAUGCUGAAGCCCAGAACCACACACACAGCUGUAACUUGCCUGGACCGAGUGUAUGUCAUUGGAGGACGGACCACAGGAUCCAGAGGGGGAGCUCCCAGUCUGCUGGAGGUAGAGUAUUAUAACCCUCUGACCCAGACCUGGAGCUCUGUCAGCCCGCUGCCAACUGCCAUCUUCUACCCUGAGGCCAGUGUUUGUGGCAGUGUUAUCUAUACACUGGGGUCAGAGGUGGAGAUCACAGACUCCUUUAACCCCUCACUGGACUGCUUCUUCUGCUAUGACGCCCAGCAGGACCAGUGGAGCCGCCUGGUGGCAGAGUUUGGCCAGUUCUUCCACGCUACACUGGUCAAGGCGGUGUCAGUUAACAAUACACUGCACCUCUGUGACCUGUCCACUUACAAGGUCUACAGUUUUUGUCCAGAGACCUGUGUGUGGAAGGGUGAAGGGUCAUUUGAGUGUGCUGGGUUCAAUGCCGGAGCAGUGGGUAUGAGAGACAGAAUCUACAUCCUGGGUGGAGACUAUUCACCGGACGAGAUCACUGAUGAAGUUCAGGUGUACCACAGUGGGAGGAGUCAGUGGGAGGAAGUGGCUCCCAUGCCCAGAGCGCUCACUGAGUUCCACUGCCAGCUCAUCAGUUUCAACAGAUACAAAGAUCCGUGGGGUGACACAGCAUGAUACACAGCAGACACACGCUCAUCAGCACAUGUGAGUGGUUAUAUAUGUGUGUGUUAACUUACAUGUAUCAUUGAUGUAUGCAACUACCCACAAGUCCUUAACUUUGUAUGUGGGAAGCACCUGCUGUCAUUUGUUGUGUCAAUCAAAAUGCGGUCUCUCCCAUGGAGGAACCCUAUUGAGAAGAAGACUAUUUUAGAAAUCCUAUUUUAGUAGCUGAAUAUUUUUUCUGCUUCGUAUGUUUUAAAAGGAGAAUUUCCCCAAAGAGAAGAACUCACAGUAUCUGUACAUUAAUCAGCUCUUCUACAGCUCACAUAUAGAAAAAGGAGACUUUGUUAUGUAACACUUUGAAGCUCCAUUGACACAGCCUUCAGGAGGGACUCACCCGCGCCCCUGCGCUGCGUUCCUGCUGCGCCGCGGUUUUGUUCCGUCCUCCGCCACGUGCCAUACCACACUGCGUCUGAGAAGCAGAGCGUCUUGCCUGCCCAACUCGCGGAUUGUAUUGUAUGUAUUGUCUCUAGUAUUCAAAAGAACAAUCACGUGUUUAUUAAGCUAGUAUCUGCCUUCCACUCCAUGCACUCCUCUAAUCAAACUCCAUGCCUUCUCUUUUCUGGCGUUGGAUCUGUGAUGUCCAGUGUUGUAGUCAAGACCACCUAA